CCACACCAACACAAAAAUCCACCACCACCAGCACCCCCUAGCUCGUCUCUCAAUGGAGACCAUGAGAGAUAAGCCCGUAAAAUUCUCAUCUUCUGUUUUCUGUUUGAUCAUUUUAUUAUCGAUCUAUAACUCCAGGGCGGAGCUAGGACGGUUGGUGCAACCACCAAAAUCCGAUGGUACACUCAGUUUUCUCGUUGUCGGCGACUGGGGAAGAAGAGGUUCUUACAAUCAGUCUCAAGUAGCUCUUCAGAUGGGAAAAACAGGAAAGAAUUUAAAUAUCGAUUUCGUGAUUUCGACUGGAGAUAACUUUUACGAUGACGGAAUAACAAGUCCAUAUGAUUGUCAAUUUCAAGAUUCUUUUACCAAUAUUUACACAGCACCCAGCUUACAAAAGCCAUGGUAUAAUGUAUUAGGAAAUCAUGAUUAUAGAGGUAACGUCGAUGCACAACUCAGCCCGAUACUGAAGGAUUUGGACUGUCGAUGGGUUUGUUUAAGAUCUUACGUUGUUAAUGCCGAUAUCGUCGAUAUUUUCUUCAUAGACACAACACCGUUCGUAGAUAAAUAUUUUGAUGAACCAAAGGACCAUGUUUAUGAUUGGAGCGGCGUAUUACCAAGAAACAAGUAUCUUAACAAUCUCUUAGCGGAUCUCGAUGUGUCAUUUCAUGAAUCAGUGGCGAAAUGGAAAGUAGUGGUAGGUCACCACACAAUCAAAAGUGCAGGUCAUCACGGUAUCACGAAAGAGCUUGAAAAGCAACUUUUACCUAUCCUUGAGGCUAAUGAAGUGGAUAUGUACAUAAACGGGCAUGAUCAUUGCUUGGAGCACAUAAGCAGCAUUAACAGUGGAAUACAAUUUAUGACAAGUGGCGGUGGGUCAAAGGCGUGGAAAGGGGAUGUGAAUGAGUGGAACCCGCAAGAGAUGAGGUUUUACUACGAUGGACAAGGUUUCAUGUCGGUUUAUCUAUCGGAAGCAGAACUGCGAGUAGAUUUUUACGAUGGAUAUGGUCGCGUUCUGCAUCGAUGGAACACUUAUAAGAAGGGGAUUUAUACGGAUAUCUAAACGAUCUGAUUACAAAAAGUUGAGAAACAAAUAUUCAUAUUAGUAUUUCAUUGUUUUUAUAUUUGGUGGUGGUUUUUCACGUGACAUAAACAUUUUUUAUGAUGUGUGACUAUUCCAGCUAAUAAAGUUUGAGACAGGGAAAUUUACAUGUAAACUAAAGACAUAUGUCUAUCCCCUUAACUUGUUUAUUAUUUCAUUCAUUUUCUUA